AUGACUGCAGACGCCGUUUGCUGUCUGACGCAGCGUCUCGUUGUGUGUCGGCUGUCGGUGGUUGUACCUUUCGUGCUUGUCGUAAACGCCUCGCCGCCGACUCUGUGCUACGUCGUUGGUAUCUCGGGCGGGGCCCAACUGCAGCCUCCAAAACGGUUCUUCUUGAUCGCGUUCAUCGACGAUACGUUCGCGGCGUAUGCGUCUCGGCGAGACGGCAAGCGGUGCAGCUGGUCGCAGUGCUGGCUUCGUUGUCACAGUGUCCAGGCAGUUGUGUCUCGAUAUUUUCUCGUUCUUCGCGUGGUGGUGACUCUGGCGCUCAAGGCUCGGUAG